AAAAGUGGUCCGGAACGCACCCAAAUUAGCGGCGGGCUUCUGCCUGAACCACACAGUCGUAUUUCGACAGGUGUUGACGAGUGCCGCGUAAUACUUUCCGAAAUGCCUAUCUAGAACAUCGAAGUACGUGACUGCCAGCGCUUCUGAAUGCAUUACUUCGGUGCUAAUAUCAGGCUGUAAGUGGGAAAAGACGACAAAGACUCGCGCUUCUGGCGCUGAGGCUGUCAUGCUUACCAUGUCGGUGUAAAAUUACCGUGCGCCUUCGGCAAAUGCCCUCGCCAGGGCCGAGUAAAUGUUUCAGGAGAGAAGAAAAAAAUUCAGUCUAUCGAUGCCAGAGCAGUUUGACCGAAUCAUCCAUCGGUGAGUUUACUACGAUUAGUGAAAAUGCACUUGCAAGCUCGACAGUGUCAUCAGGCUUCGGGUUCCCUUCCCUGCUCGACAAUGCACCUUGUUCCACCGACAACAUGCCCUGGACUCGACAGCCCUGAACUCGACGUGACCACAAUUCGUAGAUGACCGGAAGCAACGUGUGCCCUUCUGCUGAACCAUGUGGCAAAAAACAGAAGUGGCGCGCCGAGGGGCGCCUCGGAUACAAGCACGCACCCUACACGGGAGCCGUGGUCCCUCUGACGUACGUGCACACGGGCAUGGACCGUGCCGAGCACAAGGAGCGCGGAGAACGACCGCUGGUCCUCGUGUUCACGGGAACGCCGGGACAGUAUCGGGACUUCAGCUACACCAUCCCUUUCCUCGACAGGCACGGCGCCGACGUUCUCUGCUUCCACUGGCCCAACUUCUCUUUCACCGAGAAGACCCGCUACUGGUGGCACAGCAGCGAGGAGAAAACCCAACUUGCCAUCGACUUCCUCAAGGAGCUCGACAUAAAAGAGGUCGACAUGCUGGUGAGUCACAGCUCGGGUGCGUACCCGGCGGUCCAACUGACCGCCGAGCAAUCUGACGUCCAAGUUAAAUCCCUGGCUCUCCUUAUGCCGGUCACCGGCAGCCACGUCAGCGCUGUAAGGAGUCACCCACUCAACUUGAAGGCAUUGGAUUGGAUGCUUCGGAAUAUGUACGGAUUGUCCGUGCUUAAGUCAUUCAUAAAAUGGGUUAUGAAGCUGAGCGGGCACCCACUGAAGUCUAACAUGAACGACGUAUUCUUCACCUACCUGUCCACCACAAGCAUCAACGACACUCGGUACGAGCAGCAGCUGAAAACGCUGCGCGAACGGCGCGUGCCCAUGGUCGUGAUGAUCAGCGGCACGGACAAGCUCAUCUCCACCGAGAACAACAGGAACUUCCUGCGCAAAUUGGGCCACGAUCCCGACAGAACGUGGCUCUACGACAGCAAAGGGAACCUGAUUAGCCGAGGUGAGUACGGCGUGGUGAAAGUCAUCGAGAUGACCAAAGGUUCCCACUACGCCUUCAGUCGCCACUCAGAUGUCUGCAACCAAGAACUGCUCGAGUUGCUGUCCAGAGCUUCACUUUACCCAAAGCGGUUCCGCGCCUAGGGCGCGGACACCAAGCUCACAGGCAGCGAAUGGGACUCGCAGUCGCUUCGCACGCUUUCUUUGCACAUGUGCCACAAAAUGGCUGCACCUUUGCCGAAAUACCCGCAUUCGUCUAAGAAGAACCACCGUCGACGUGCCAUCGACCGAAUAGUCACACUGACUUGAUACUUCGCGCUCGGAGUGUUUCUCACCUAUAGUAUACAUCCAUGCCCUGAAGUCGCAAUUGGAGCAAACACCGGGUCCUUAUUAAAUGUUUAUUACCUCCGUUA